AUGGCACGAGGGCCCGGAAAGGCCCGCGACUUCGACUACUCCAAUGUGGGAACCAAGGGAAGGCGCACUGGUAUCUCCCUUAAAGAGGGUCGACGCGACGAGCAUGGAAUGGAAGAGGUAGAUGGCCUUUUCUCAUCUCCUGAAAAGUCGCCUGUCAGGUUGAAUGGCUUUGAAGACGCAGAAAAUGACUCUUCAGUUGGAUCUGAGGGCAUGUCUAUAGAUGAAGGCAAUGCGCCGGACCCCAUGGACUUCCUCAAGAGUACAAACAGCUCACGUAUCCCCUUUCCUCCUCCAUCUGCUAUACGGUCACCGAUUAAGGCCGGCCUUACUGGAUCUCCGCGGAGGUCUCCUGCGUUACAAUCGACACCAGACCCACAGGAUCUUCUUGAGUCGUCCAGCCCGGAGAAUCGCGGCAAGAUCCUUCUCUCCCUAUCUACUCGCUCUGUGAAUGUGGGACGGUCGACCCAGAGGAAUGGCAUACAACACAAAUCGGCAACAAAAGCACAACAGGGAGCAAAACCCGAACCAACAGCCGUACAUGACUUUUCAGACUUUUCCGACGUCGACGGCGACGAGAAUGCGUUCGCCGCAGUACAACAAGAUUUCGGUGACAGCUUGAACGUUGAUUCUGAUUCAAGUGUGGCAGAGGAGUUGCCUAACUCUCCAGAGCUAGAUCAGCAUGAUCAUACCGAUAAUCUAUCAGCGGCUGGCACGACUCCGCCUCGUGCAGAAGCCAUUGUGAACAAGUCUGCGAAUAAGAGUACGCCAAAAACCACCAAGACCAAACAUAGCCGGACGAAAUCUCCUGCGCCACGCGGGCGUCCAAAGUCUCACCGUCGCAACACGGAAGAAGAUACUAACCCCAGGCCUAACAAAAAGCGGAACACCGCCAAAGAAUCGCCACCAGUGCGCGAGCCCUUGGAGCCAGAAUUAGAUCGAGUGGUUGAAAAUUACGCCAACCGCACCGGCCCCUUGAAAGGCCGAAGCUUGUAUAUUCUCAAACGUGAAAUUCCUACCGAUAACAAUGCGACUCAUACUAGAUCUGGGCGGGUGUCUGUCAGGCCACUGGCGUAUUGGCGCAAUGAGCGGUGCGUAUUUGGCGACGGCGAGGCUGCUGAGGGACAUCGAUACCCUCUCUCAACCAUCAAGGAGGUCAUUCGCACCGAGGAGCAGGAGCCUGAAAAGAAGAACAAAAAAAAGGGAAAGCGUCCAGCAUCCCACAAAUCCAAGUCAAAGAAGCGGAAUGACGAAUCCUCGGACGAGGAUGAAGAUGUUGAUCUCUGGGAGAAGGAAGGUGGUGUUCUCCAUGGCUACACUCUCAAAUGGGACGCCAGGGCCCAGGCUAGUUCAAAGGAAGAGGAAGUUCUGGAUAUCGCAUAUGCGCCCUCUGGAAUUGAGACAAGAGAGGUCAAAGAUUCAACAUUUCGAUUUGCGAAGCUGCUUAGUUCGUCUUUCAUCGGGUCUGGGGUUGUGGAGCUUCCGCCUGACGGAGUCAAGAAACCAAAAAACUCAAAGAAAAUGCACAUGGUCUUCUAUGUCUGUCAUGGACGUGUCCAAGUUGAUAUCUCUGGUGUUCAAUUUAGUGCAGGAAAGGGUUGUGUUUUCCAAGUUCCUCGUGGUAACUAUUACAGCUUUGCAAAUACCCAUCAAAAAGAAGCCCGGCUUUUCUUCACGCAGGGUUGCGUCCCCGGUGGAAACGAGAAUGAGGAUGACGCACCACAGAUGUCCCAGGAUGUUGGUCCUGAGAGCGAAUUUGAGGCUGAUACCGCUCCUGAACCUUCUGCUCCUGUCCCUGCUAGGAAAGCCAAGGGUCGUCCCAAGGGCAAACAGAAGAAGACCGGUAAAUGA